UACCAGACAUGACGCUGGCAAUGAGACAAUUCUCGUAUCUGCUCCGUGGAUGGAAGAAGUUCACAUACACAGUAAAAAAACAAAAAAAAACAACGUAAGUGCAAUCGUCACAAUUCAAACAACCAACCUUCCUAACCUCUAUAAAUUCCAAACCCAACCUCCUAAAAGAUCCACCAUCCAAACCCAAAUCCAAAGUCGCAACACCUGAUAAAUGGCUGACAGCCUACUUCUCUUGGACUUCUGGCCCAGCCCUUUUGGACUCAGAGUACGAAUCGCAUUGGCUGAGAAGGGCGUGGAAUUCGAAUACAAGGACGAGGAUCUUUCCAACAAGAGCCCUCUCCUCCUUCAAUUCAAUCCAAUCCACAAAAAGAUCCCUGUCCUCGUCCACAACGGAAGGCCCCUCUGUGAAUCCCACAUCAUCCUCCAAUACAUUGAUGAGGUCUGGACGGACAGAUCACCGUUAAUGCCCAAAGAUCCUUACAAAAGAGCCAAUGCCAGGUUUUGGACUGACUACAUGGACAACAAGAUGCAUGACGCUGGGAGGAAUAUACGGAAGAAAAAAGGGGAAGCUAGAGAAGCAGCAAAGAAGGAAUUCAUAGAGUGCUUGAAAUUGUUAGAAGGGGAGCUCAGUGACAAACCAUAUUUCGGGGGUGAGACCUUUGGGUUCGUUGAUCUUACUCUCAUUUCCUAUGCUUGUUGGUUUCAUACCUACGAAACAGAGGGGAAUUUCAAAAUGGAGAAUGAAUGCUCGAAGCUGAUGGAGUGGGUGAAGAGGUGCAUGGAGAGGGAGAGUGUGUCUAAGGCUCUUCCGGACCCACAUAAGGUCUAUGACUUCGUAUUGUCAAUGAAGAAGAGGCUUGGGAUAGAGUAGAGAUGACAAAGAUGAAAAGAAAAGGGAAUGUUUGUAUAAGAUGGUAUCGAAACAAGGAUGUGUUUUUCCUCUGUGUUUUCUACUGUGCCUGUUUUAUUUUCAUGCUAUUUGUAUGUAAUAAAGAUACCAGGAGCUUUUAUUAUCGUGAUAAUACAUUGCCCUGUAUGUUC